CCCUCCUCCAUCAUAUCACUUAUCUUCCCUCUCUCUCAUACUUUUUCUUGCAAUUUCGGCAACAAUGUUGCCGAAAUUCACCAUCUUUCCUCAUUGUCUCAAAUAACUUUGAACAGUGCUUAUAUCACCAAUGAACUCAGUUUUUUGCAAUAUUCAACCAAAAGACUCCCUAGAUCAAACCUAAUUUUGUUCAUUUCAAUUUUUAAUUUGAAGUGCCAAGUAUUUCCCAACAAAUCUUUUUUCUUUUAUUUUUUACCAAAAUAAAGAGAGUUUUAUCGCGGAGGGGUGGGAGUCUAUGGUAGGAGUCCCUUGAACCGUUACUUUUGCGAGUCUGAGGGUUGUGGUUCAAAUCGUGGCGCUUCAGUUUAAGAUUCUGUGCACACAUAGAUAAUCCCAAACAGUUUUGAUGGUCCAUGCCAUAGAAUCCACGUUUAAGUGAGCAGGCAAUGAUACCCGUGGUGCCCUUCUUUUGUUAAAAAAAAUUUAAAAAAAAAAAAAAAUGAUAGUUUUAAACUAUAAUUUGAACCUGUCCACCAGUAAACGACACUCGCAUUCGCAAGUAACAGUGUGCAACCAAACCCCAAAAAAAUGGAAGAACUAAGGAAGCUAGAACAAGUACAGAGAACGCUCAAAUUCAUGGAGUCUCGUGCUAUAUCGACCUCUUCCGAUCCCGACUCCAAUCGCUUCCUCGCCAAUCUCAUUCUCCUCUUGGUACAACCGUGUGGAGAACUUGACAUGGACAACAAGUGCACUUUGGUCUCCACACAUAUGCCAAAGAUUUCGGUUGCAUUUCUGGAGGAAGCUUCGCUCUUGAUUACUAAGGAAAGCAUAACAGAAGCAGAAGAUGAGCGUAAUGGCCCUUGUCAAAAUGUUGUUGAUAAUUCUAUGCAGCUUGAUUGUGAGAAUGAGACGUAUUCUGGUAUGUUGCAAACUAAUUUUGAAGGCAUGGCUAUGGUUGGUUUGGAUGCAAUGCAACGAGCAAAUUCUACCCUUGAGGAUUUUUGCAGAUCCUAUUUUAUGUUUCAUGGGAUGGAUGUAAACAAGCCACAGUCAUUAUUCAAACAUUUACCUGUGCUUUCAUUCACAGAAAGUUUUAUUUAUCAGCUGGAUAGUUUGAAUGAAAAGAUAUUGCAUCUACCAACCAGUGGAGCCUCUGUUUCAGAAAGAGGAUGCAAGGAUGGACAUCAGAGGUUGAUUACUCAGUUCACAGAUACAUUUAAAAGCGACCCUUUCAGACCACUGGUGGGCCUACUUGAGUGUCUCGGUAUUUUGAUAGAGAGGAUAAGAGAUGAAUUGAAGUGUGGAGAAGAGUAUUGGGCUCUAGAAAGAAAGCUCUGUCAUGCACUAAUGAGCCAAGAGAAGAUCUCUGUUGAAGAUGUGAUAAGGGCGAUUCACCUAAAAUCAUUUGAUUAUCGAAUUCUAAAUCUUCUUCUAUAUCAGUUGAGAGGAGAAAAGGUCAAUGAUUUGCAUAUGGAAUUUCUCUCUGUGUCAGAAUUCCUAGUGGAGGUAUCUGAUGAUUUGUUUGACUAUGAGGAUGAUGUACUAGAGAAUAGUUUCAAUGUUUUGCGCAUGUUUGUCAGAAUAUAUGGAGCUUCAAGAGCCCCAAUUAUGCUGGCAAGAUACAUUACUGAGGCUGAGCAGAAGUAUGAGAGUCUACUGAAAACCUUGGAUCCCCAACUAUCCUUGAACUACCAGAAAAGAUGUGAAGAAGCCACUAAAGAAGGUGGGAAGAUAUCUGGACAUAUACUUGGAACGUGGAGCAUACCGCCUGUGAUUGUAGAUGAGGAAUUAUAUCGAUCUAACUUCCAAAAUUCUAAAUGAAUAGAGGUAUCUGGUUGACACUUGACAAGUGGUUGAAUAAAAAGAAGGCUGAAAUCUAUUGAUUUUUACUAUUUGAUUGAUGCAACGUGCAAUUUUAACCCUUGUGUGUCCAUAUUAUGUUAUAUUUUUUUCCAUCUCUUAUUUCUACUCUGAUUUAUGGGUAGUUCUUGUAAAAACAAUGUGCACAUCACUGGCCCCCUUUUAAUGCAAUGGUUGUGUCUAGAUUUAGCCAA